AUUGACCGACUUCAGUAAAAGCCAUUUAAGUUUUAGAGCUUCCCCAACAACCGGCUCAUCUGGUCUGGUCAUCUUCUGAGACAAAAAUCUCAAACAGGAACACCCCCAACUCCAGUUUUCAGACACAACAUAAACUCAGAGAACUAAGCAAGCUUGAGUCUUUCCAGGAUGGAAACGCUGGCAGUGCAAGCAGCAGGACAAGCGGCUGGUUCGCUGGUUACACCGGCGGUCGAAGGUGGGAAGGGUAUAUUCAACUGCUUGCAGCGCAAAUAUGCCUACGUGAAGAAUAUACCAGAGAAUAUCGCCAAGCUUGAGAAGGAGAAAAAAUAUCUGUGUAAUGAAUAUGAAGAUGUUAGAAAGACGCUGGAGAGGAACAGAUUAACGAACGAAAAGACAAACAGAUGUGAAACCUGGCUCAAAGAGGUCGAAAAUGUGAAACAGGAUAUUGAAAGACUCAAUGAUGACUACAACAAUACCAGUGCAUAUUUUUGCGGCCUAUGUCCAUUUCCGAGUUUGCUAAAGCUUGGCAAGAGUAUUGUGAGGAAGACUGCAGAGGUAGUUGAGCUGAGUAAUCAAUUACGUCAAAUAAAACUAAUGCAAGAGAAGCCACCGGCACCACCGGUUCCGGUUAUAGAGAAGCAUGCACGGAAAAAAAGUGACGUGCCAUCAUUUGAUUCGCGUGUGGAAACACUGGUGGAGUGGCUAGAGGAUGAGAACUUGAAAAGAAUCUGCAUAUGGGGCCCUCCGGGUGUGGGGAAGACCACGAUUAUGGAGAUUUUGCAUGACAAGGUCGGUAAAUCUGGUAAAUUUGACAUUAUCUUUUGGGUGAAUGUAUCAGCCGAUCGUAGAAUAAGAGAAAUACAUGAUGUAAUAUGGCAGCGUUUGAGAGUGGACGGAAACUAUAGUGCCGAUGAAAGAGCAAACAUGAUAUCCAAAGAGCUAAAGGACAAGAGAUAUGUAUUGUUUCUUGAUCUCGAUAAUGUCGUCUCAGAGAUUGAUCUUAGAGAAGUUGGUAUUCAUGAUGAACAUGAGCAUGGAAAAGUGGUGUUUUCAUGCAGAUACAAAAACAACAAUAUAUGCGGUGACACCGAUGAAGAGAUGAAUGUACAGAGAUUAUCAGACGAGGAUGCCGAAAACUUUUUCUGGAAAAUAGUUGGUUCUCAUCUCAAGAGCAAUCCCGAUAUCAAGCCAGUUGCAAAGCUCAUCAUCAACGAAUGUGGUGGCAUUCCACUCAUGAUUAAGUUAAUCGGCAAUAGGUUGGCGAAAAAUGAGGACCCUGCGAUAUGGAGGGAUAUGUUGUCCCAAUUAAGGUCGCCGACAAUGGAACCUCAAGAACAACUGGAAGAAUUUUACAAGGCUUUUAAACUUGUCUAUGAAAAACUAUCGGAGGAGAUGAAGCCUUGUUUGUUGUAUUGGGCGGUUUUUCCGACAGGUUAUGAAAUUUUUCGAGACCAUGUAAUCGAUUGUUGGAGAGCCGAACAGUUCUUACCAUGCCAAAGGAAUCUUUCAUGGACACGAGACAGGGGGCAUACCAUAUUAGAUGAAUUUGUGCGGAAGUCGUUACUAGAAAAGGGAAGAAAGUGGGGGCAUUUCAAGAUGUUCGAGUAUUUUCAAAGGGUGGCAUUAAGGAUAGCAAAUCUAGAAGAGAAUUUCAAUUUUUUCGUCGCCGAUGACGAAAACAUUAUAGACGAAGAUUGGGAACGUGCAAGGAGAAUGUCACUUAUUCAGGUUCGCCUAUCGACUCUACCUAAGAGACCCCAAUGUUGUGGGAUCUUGACAUUGUUAAUGCAGCAGAGUAGCUUGGCUGAAUUUCCAAGGGAAUUCUUCGGCUAUAUGUGUGGUCUUCAAGUUCUGAACUUGCAUGAGACGCAAAUAACUGAACUUCCGUCAUCGAUCUGCAGCUUAAUAAAUCUGAAAGGGCUGUUGAUAAUCAAUUGUAGUCGGUUAGUACAGCUUCCUUCUCAGAUCGGUGAUCUUGAGCAUCUCGAAAUCCUCGAUAUACAUAACACUAGUCUCUACAGUUUGCCUGUAGAGAUCGGACAAUUGUCUAAUUUGAAGUGUUUGAGAGUUUCAUUCACCAAAGAUGCUGGAAACCAGAACCAUGUCGAAGAACCGAAGCCGAUGAUUCCUUCUAACGUGAUUGCAAGGCUUUCUAAGUUAGAAGAACUGAGCGUUGCUGUGAGCCAUUGUAGCAGCCGAUAUCAAAACGCGGCCGAAAUCGCCAGUGAAAUCUCCAAUUUGGAGAAGUUAACCUCACUUUGUUUCUUCUUCCCCGAGAUGGAGUUUUUCGAAGCUUUCAUUCGGAAUAGCAAAUCAUGGACGGACAAUAUCUUCAGAUCAUUCAAGAUCAUUGUUGGUAACCAGAGAAACAGUUCUGCAUCUGAAUUUAGAGUCUUUGAAUGCUCAGCAGAAAAGCACCUUCGGUUUUCGGCAGGAGACGAGUUUCCCGAUGCUAUUUCACAGGUUCUAAAGCAAGCCAAAGCAUUCGAACUGAUUGGUCACCAAACUGCUACUAGUUUAUCAGCUUUCCGUGCUGAUAACUUACAAGGUGUGGAAGCAUGUAUCGUUGAGGAGUGUAACGAGAUGGAGAACAUCAUAGACGGCACAGGUGUUGAAUUUGAACGCUUGAAAAGCCUACAAAUUCACAAUCUACCGAAACUGAAAAGUAUUUGGCAGCGCCCAGUAGAAUCUAAAAGCCUUCGUAGACUCACAACUCUCUCGUUAAAAGGAUGCAACAACAUAGAAGUGCUUUUUUCACCGGGGAUGAUCAUACGACUCUCUCAUCUAGAAAAUCUGCAGGUGGAGGACUGCUGUGUCUUGAAAGAGAUUAUUGAAGACGGACGUGUAGACGAACCCCGCACCUUUCCCAAGUUGAAGAAUUUGCAGCUCUGUGACUUGCCGGAAUUAUGCACCAUUUCUCAUGCCUCUUUGGAAUGGCCGUCGUUGGAGACGGUAUUUAUCAAGCCACACAUGAAGCUUAGAAAUUUACCGCAUACAAUUCAAAAGGCGUCGAAACUGAGAACAAUUCAGUGCUCAGAAGAUUGGUGGAACCAACAGGAUUGGCCAAAUAACACUAAUAAAGAUGAUUUUAGAAAGUUUCUCAGUUUCAUAUGACGAGAGAAGAGCCUCAAACAGGACCAAGGCAUCCACAGCUAGAGGCAUUUAUCAAGAGACGACAUAAGCCCAGGCCUGACCAUAUGCAUCUCUUAUGUGAUAGCUGAAACCGAGUGGGAAUCGGUCAUAGUUACGUGUUUUGUCCUUCAACUUCCUCGUCAAAGAUUUUCUGCAUAUAUGGGGAUUCGCUCGGCUUUCAACCAAUGAGAUAACUCUCUUCUAUCACAUAAUCAGUCCUCCCAUUGCAUCGCAAGAUUUGAAUUUGAGACUUUCGAGUUGAAAUCUUAAAGUUUUAGCUAUUUUGUGCGUAGAAUAGGACUACCCCCUUCAAUGUGCUUAGACUUGGCCGGUUACGAUGUAGUGGUUUCUCGAGUUCAAGACUCCAAAAGAAGAAACUGUGUGUCCAGGAAUGGCGGUGCAGCAUUGUCUCCGACGGCAGAGACAUCAAAUCCUUUUAAGUUCAUGUCCUAUACCCUAAUAUCGUAUGUGUCUUCCAUCUGUUUAUGUUGGAUUUUGUCAAUGCCUGUUCUUUCGCUUUUGAGUGAAUGCUGGGUUUUAUUUGUGUAUGGUAAUAACCACUUGUACAUUAAUGGAGGAAUUUCAAAAUUCUUUG